AUGUCUGAGUUGCGUGGUUCGCCGCCGAUGUCGCGAGCUUUGGAGGGCGGUUUCGGGGCUCCGCUGGCCGCGCUGAGCUCGCUGGCGGAGGCGGCUCCUCCUGCGCCGAACCCUCACGGGAUCGACCACAUCCUGUCGCGGCCGACGGUGGGCACCAACGUCGGGGCUGGUCUGCUGGCCCCGCGGCUCUCGCUGGCUGCAGCGGCGGCGGGCAUGGCGCACUACCUCCAGCACAAGCCGCUGUACUGGCCCGGCUUCCAGGGGCUCGUCUCCAACCCCAUGGCCUGGAGGGAGAGGCUCCAAACAAGUAAUUUUACAUUUAGCUUGAGCAACGGAGCACUAAGCGCAUGCGCGGCGCAAAGCGGCAUGGACAAAGACGGCAAGAAGAAGCACACGAGGCCAACGUUUAGUGGCCAGCAGAUCUUCGCGCUGGAGAAGACCUUUGAGCAGACCAAGUAUCUGGCUGGUCCGGAGCGAGCCAAGCUUGCGUACGCGCUUGGCAUGACGGAGUCACAAGUAAAGGUCUGGUUCCAGAACAGAAGAACGAAAUGGCGGAAAAAGCACGCCGCCGAAAUGGCGACCGCGAAACGCAAACAAGAGGAGCUCGGAGACGAGUGCGAUGAGCAGGAAUCCCAUGACGCAGACCCUUGCAGUGACGACGAUGAUGCCAAGCGACCACGGCUCGAUUUACACUACCAUCGUCAGUGA